AUGGAUCGUGAAGAAGAAUCACUUCAUAGUCCUGAUGAUGAUGCGGAUAUAUGGACAAGCGAUAAAAGUGAUCCGCCACAGUUGGAAUUUAGAGGAAAUCCUGGGUUCAUAAUUCCAGAUGAUGUAAAAUCGCCAGGAGAUUUCUUCCGUCUGUUUUUGACAGAAUCUUUAUUGAAUAAAAUUGUGCAAGAAAGCAAUCGCUAUGCUGCUCCACAAAUAGCAAAGUCUCAGUUCAAGAUCAAUUUAAUAUCCCAACACUUCAACGAAACUAUGGACCGCAUCUAUAAGUCAGGGAGAAAAUUGUGUAUUGACGAAGCGAUAGUUGUUUGGCGAGGAAGGUUGGUUUUCCGGCAAUACAUAAAAAACAAACGGCAUAAGUAUGGCAUCAAACUCUAUGAACUUUGUGAACCUGAUGGAAUAAUCUUGAGAGUGAAAAUUUAUGCGGGCAAAUAUGAUGACCUAAGUGGACGAAAUCAUACUUCAAAUGUCAUUUUGGCUCUGAUGGAUGAUUUCCUGAAUCGUGGCCAUGAGCUUUAUAUGGACAACUACUAUAAUUCAGUUGGGCUGGCGAAAGAUCUCACGAGUAAGUCAACAUAUGUAUGCGGCGCGUUAAGAUUCGACCGAAAGGGAAAUCCAAAAGAUUUGGUAAAAAAGAAACUAAAUCGAGGAGAUUCUGAAUGGUUGAGAUCAGGAUCCAUUGUAGUCAACAAAUAGAAAGAUAAGCGGGAUGUGCUAACUACAUCCAACAUGCAUAAAUGCGAA